AUGAAGCUCUCUACGACUGCAGUUCUUAGCUUGGCUGCUUCAUGUACUCUCUAUGCCGGAGCGUUCGGCCAGGACAGCACAAGUUUGUUCGUUGCCGGCUACGACGGCUUCGUUCGCACCGUCAGACUCGAUCAUAAGGAGUGUAAACACUCUCUGUCUGAAAUCAACAAGACCGAUGGUUGCGGACCGAACCCGAACUGGCUCUCCCUUGACUACGCCAACCAGCGCCUCUGGUGUCUGAACGAGGGCUGGAACACUCCCAAUGGCACUGUCAGCACCUUUGAUGUUGAAGAGAGUGGACGUCUCAUUGCCUACCAGCAGCGCAACACCUCUGCUUCGCCUGUCCAGAGCAAGUUCUUUGACGGGGGCCGGAAGCUUGCCGUCGCGCAGUUCGGAGGUCCGAAAGAUUCCGGCAUUCGUGGUGGCCUUACCAUCCACGAUGUCGCGGCUAAUGGGUCCCUUCACAGCGGCGUGACGAACAUCACCUUUGACGCUCUGCAGACCCCGGGCCCUGCCAAUAAUCAAGCAGUGCCUCGAGGUCACGGAGUCAUCCUCGAUCCCACUGGCAAGAAUCUUGUCGUUACUGACUAUGGAGCUGACAAGAUCCGUGUCUUCAGCAUCACGUCCAACGGCACAGUUACAAAAGGGGCCGAGAUGGAGGCGCCGGCUGGGUCGGCUCCACGGCAUGCCGUCUUCUACACCACGGUCGGUGGAGAGGAUGCGAGCAGUACAGCUCCUGUGUACCUGUUUGUUCUGGCCGAAAAUGCGAACACCAUCUCCACCUACAACAUAACCUACACCUCGAACCCGGAUUUGCUCCACCUCUCUCCUCCCACUCGAGUCAUCGAUACCUUCGGUGGCAACGUCACCAAAGAGCUCAAUGGAACAGCCAAGGCAGGCGAGAUUCACAUCUCGCCCGACAACAACUUCGUCAUUGUCUCGAAUCGCCUCGACUCCUUCACCAUGGAAUCAGACUCGCUGUCGACCUAUAAAAUCAAUGCCGAUGGAAGCCUGACCUUCAUUCAGCGUGUUGCAGCAGGUGGUAUCUCUCCUCGCCACUUUAAGCUCAACAAGGCCGGGGAUAAGGUUGUUGUGUCUCAUGGUGUGACGUCCAAUAUCGCCGUUCUGAAACGUGACGUGACUACGGGCAUGAUUGGUGCGCCGCUUGCGAGUCUGACCUUUAACACCAGUGCUCCUGGUACCUCAGAGAACCUUGGGAUCCCCAUGGCUAUCUGGUACGAGUAA